AUGGCUUCGUCACUGUUGCACACAACAUCUCACAGCGAUGGUAAAGACGGAACGUUGAGUAGCAAUGAUGGGCAGCUCCAAAGAUCGACUUGUCCUGACGGAGUGAAGUGGAUUAUGGAUAUUUUCGAGGACUGUGUGGAUACGGAUCUGAAACUAAUCGGCUUCAGCAUUGGAUUCGUAUCACUGUUCCUGUGGUUUCUGCCUCUGAUCCCACAAGUCAUCAAAAAUUAUCGCAUUAAACGAUGUGAAGGUCUUUCAGUCUACUUUCUACUCUUUUGGUUGACAGGCGAUACUUGCAAUAUGGUCGGCGCAAUGCUAGCAAAUCAACAGCCAAUUCAAAAAAUCCUCGGAGUUUACUAUGUCGUGCAAGAUUUAUUGGUACUGAGUCAAUAUUUUUACUACUCACAUAUCUACAAGCGCCGAUCAAAAGGUUUUUUUUUUUCAAAAAAUCCAUUUGAAGAAGCGAACUAA